CCGGGCCAGCCCAUCCCAGCCGACAGGAAGAGAUUGCAGCCUGGGCCUGAUUCCAAACCGAACGGAGACAGGCCCGGACUUACAGGCGUGCUCGGUUAUCCGCGGGUAGAGCUGCGCACCGGGGAAGGGUGCCGUCAGCGGUGCGCCCAGAGGGAACAGUACUCAGUGCAGGAGAUAAGUGCUGUCCACUGGCUUCAAGAAAGUGAACAACAUUGACAACCCACUCAGUGAGCUCAGCCCCCACACCCAACCUUACCCCCUCCCCAGGACAAGGACAGCGGGAGCCCGCCCCAUCCCCGGGGACACGGACAGCGCGAGCCCGCCUCCCGCCCCCUCCCCGGGGACAAGGACAGCGCGAGCCCGCCCCCUCCCCGGGGAGCCCUCUGUGCUGGCUCUGCUGCUCCAUCGAGCGGCCACAGCCGCCUGUGCAAUCCCCCGCCCCCCUGCCUCUCAUGAGGAGGAAGUCUGUGUGUGUGUCUCUCUCUCUCUGUGUAUGUGUGCGUGGAGAGGAGAGCGAGGCGCAAGAGGUCCGCACCGCCUUGCAUGUUGUUCCUUCUUGGAUUAACUCGUGUUACUCGCCUUAAACUGUGACUCCUGGGGAAAGGUUUACCGAAGGUACAGACCGAGGGGAGAAGCUUUGCUGCGCCUUCGCUGAGGAUGAACAGCAGCAGUAUCUACGCAAGCCGUAAGAGGCGAAAGCCUGUUCAGAAAAGUGUAAAAACCCCAGCCCCUGAAGGAGCAAAAUCAAAUCCAUCGAAAAGACAUCGGGACAGAUUGAAUGCAGAGCUAGAGCGCCUAGCCAACCUCCUGCCCUUCCCACAGGAUGUUGUAGCCAAAUUGGACAAGCUUUCUGUCCUCCGCCUCAGUGUCAGUUACCUCAGAGCUAAAAGUUUCUUUAAUGUUACUUUGAAAUCAAAUGGGAACAGCAUCCACGGAAACUGUAUCCCACCGAAACAUGGCGAAUGUCUGCAAGAGGGAGAACUUCUGCUGCAAGCUCUCAGUGGAUUUGUGCUGGUGAUUACAGCUGAAGGUUUAGUUUUUUAUGCAUCCUCCACCAUCCAGGACUAUCUGGGAUUUCACCAGUCUGAUAUCAUCCAUCAAAGUGUUUUUGAACUGAUCCAUACGGAAGACAGAGCUGAGUUUCGUCGACAACUUCAUUGGGCUCUAAAUUCAACAUCAACUCCAGACUCAGGACAGCUAAUUCCAGGUGAAAAUGGCCUUCCAUUACCAAUCACACAUUACAGUCCUGAACAACUUCCUCCAGAAAGUUCACCAUUUUUCGAAAGAAAUUUUGUAUGCAGGUUAAGAUGUCUCCUGGAUAAUUCCUCUGGAUUUUUGGCCAUGAAUUUCCAAGGCAGACUCAAAUUUCUUUAUGAGCAGAACAUGAAGGGAAAAGAUGGCUCUUGCAUCCCUCCACAGUUGGCUUUGUUUGCAAUAGCAACACCUCUGCAACCUCCAUCCAUCCUGGAGAUCCGAACCAAAAAUUUCAUUUUCAGAACUAAGCAUAAACUAGACUUCACACCAAUGGGCUGCGAUGCUAAAGGGAAGAUAGUGCUGGGUUAUACUGAAUCAGAAUUAUGUAUGCGAGGAAGUGGCUAUCAAUUUAUUCAUGCAGCCGACAUGAUGUAUUGUGCAGAAAAUCAUGUCCGAAUGAUGAAGACAGGGGAAAGUGGAAUGACUGUUUUCAGGCUUUUGACCAAGGAAAAUGGAUGGACUUGGGUACAAGCAAAUGCACGAUUGGGAUACAAAAAUGGGAAGCCAGAUUACAUUAUAGCUGCACAAAGACCCCUCUCGGAAGAAGAAGGGGAAGAAAAUUUACAAAAACGGACCUUGCAGUUGCCUUUUAAUUUGGCAACUGGAGAGGCAUUGCUAUAUGAAGGAAAUUGUUCAGUCCUUGGAUUAAUGGAUCCUGCAUUUCAUAAAACCAAAGAAAAUGUUGCAAAAGCUAUAGCAGGAACACCAAGAAGACCAGAAUCAUUAGAUCCAGAUUCUCUUCUAGGGAUAGUGUUGAGCCAGGAUAAAUCAGUCUAUGUAUCUGCCCCUUCACAAAUUCAGAACUUCAGCUUUGAAAGAACCCUUUUUAAUAAGAGUGAAGAAACAGAAUUAAGUGAUUUCUUUCCUAGUGAUUGGGAAGAGAUUCUAUUCAGUGAAGGUACCAGCAUUGGGAAGAUGGAAAUUACCAACUGUGUUCAGCCACAAAAGUCUUUUCCUGCUCCUGAGGAAAAUGUAGAUGUUUUAGUAAAUAGUAUUGGCAGCGAGCUUUAUAACACUAUGAAAAACCUUGAUAUUGGGCUGGAAGACUUUGAUCUCAUAUCGCAGGACGAGACAUUCCUGAGGGUUAAUUGGGAUGAGACUGGAGAUAUAAAUAAUAUUACACUGAAUGAUGAAAUACUAACAUAUAUCCAGGAAUCACUGAAAAAACGGUCAGACUGUAUGUAUUCGAGUUGCAUGCAACAGAAACCACUGCAUUCAAGCUCAAGUUGCAUGCUACAGCAACAGCUUCCAAUGGAACACCUUCAGCAGCAACCAGUCUCAGCAAAGCCUUGUCCUCAACAGCAGCAAUCCCAAAUGCAGCAGUACCACCAGCCACUGCAACCUUUGACGCAACAGUACCAGCAGCAGCUGCAACGUCCAACGCAACACCAGCAGCAGCUGCUGCAACCUCCAUCACAACACCAGCCGCAGCUGCUGCAACCUCCAAUGCAACAGCACCAGCAGCUAAUGCAACCUCCAUCACAACACCAGUACCUGCUGCAACCUCCAGCGCAACAGCACCAGCAGCUGCUGCAACCUCCAUCACAACACCAGCAGCUGCUGCAACCUCCAUCACAACACCAGCAGCUGCUGCAACCUGCAUCGCAACAGCACCAGCAGCUGCUGCAACCUCCAUCGCAACAGCACCAGCAGCUGCUGCCACCUCCAUCGCAACUCCAGCAGUUGCUGCCACCUCCAUCGCAACACCAGCAGCUGUUGCAACCUCCAUCGCAACACCAGCAGCAGCUGCUGCAACCUCCAUCGCAACACCAGCAGCAGCUGCUGCAACCUCCUUUGCAACAGCACCAGCAGCUGCAACAUCCAUUGCAACAGCACCAGCAGCUGCUGCAAUCUCCAUCGCAACAUUAUCAGCAGCUGCCACCUCCAUCACAACACCAGCAGCAGGUACAGCAGUUGCAGUUAUGCCAGAAAAUGAAACACAUGAAAGUUAACGGACUGUUUACAAAAUGGAGCUCUGACAAUAGGAGAAUAACUAAUGAUCAGGAGAAGCAGUGUGGUUUCUCUUGUAUAGACAGCACAAAAUCAGGGCUGCAGUACAAAUCUGAACUUAAUGCUACCCCUUCACCUUGUCAGGGAAACAUUCUAUUGUACCAGCAGGUCGCAAGUCAGCCAUCUGACUUCAUUCAAGUAGAAAUGCCGGUAGGUGGCUUUCGUACACAGGAUGGUGCUGCAGUUGGUGGUUUAGAAGACUACUUGGACUAUGUGGAACAACAUUCAGAAACACCGGAUUAUACUGCAGUAAACCCAUUAAUUGACCUAAUUACACCAGAAACAUGUUAUACUGGUGCCAUGUCAGUGAUCCCAUGUUUAACAGAAAAUGAUUUGUCCUGUGUGAAUACUGUGCAACUCAAUGCUACAAGCUCAGGUCAACAGCCUAUUUUAACCAAGAUCCAAACUGGAUUUAAUGAUGGAAACAGUAAUGAAGUUUAUCCAAAUACAUUAAAUAACAUGAAUUGCACACAAUUAGGUCCUCAGACCCUGCACAGUCAUCCAAAAGAGCCUGGAUCCUGUUCUGAUCAAUCAUCCAGUGGCUUUAUGUAGACAAGCAUAGAGAUGAGUGUCCUGUGAAAAGUGUGGAAAUGUUUUUAUGUUGCUUGCUGAAGAGACAGACAUUUGUAUCUACAAUGCGAAAGGACACAAAGCUUCUAAAUGAAACCUUGUAAGGAUUAGGAGACUGAUUGCAAUGUGCUGCUUUUUAUUUUAGGCCCUGCAGUCUUCAGAUUUUAAAGAAAAGUGCUAUUUUAUGAACAGGAUCUCAAUCUGGUUUCUUGCACGAAAAGUGCAAUAUCCUUUAGAAUUUUUGUGAAAUGUGAAGUUCCACCUUCACAGCAAAUGAGCUCUUUUGAAAUAUUCUAUUAGACUUUGGGCAAAAGAAUUCAGCAGUGUUAAUUUACGAUGGAACUACUUUUUGAAAUAUCUGUAAAAGCAGGUUAUCCCAUUAAUGAAUAUCAAUAUAUUAAAAGCAAAAAAAGUUUAUGUUCAUAUUUUUUAAUCAGAUGAUUUUGCCAAAUGGGAAUGACAUUUGCAAGAAUGCCCUUUACAGGAUCAUGUAUGAGAGAUGAAAUCUUUGACAUUCAUUUUCCUUUUCACUUUCUUACCAUAACUAUAAAUAUUAUGGCACUUUAAUGCAGUAGUAAUUUAAUUACAGCCUGCUGUACCGUAUUGAAACCAUAAGAGAUAUUUUCUCUUCUGUAUAACAGCUGGAAGAAAAUAUUUUUAAAAAGUUUGAUUAUAUUUAAGCAUUUUUGUCUCAAAUUGAUGCAAAUCUAAAUAUUUGUACUAGCUCCCUACCUUGGAAAUUGAAAUAAUAAUUCAAACUCAGAUGACUUAUGGCCUUUUCCGAAAUGGUGGCCCAUCAGUUCGUGUAAUAGAAUUUUGAAACCUCCUAUAUCCUGUUGGGAUAAACCAGCGUAAAUUAUUUGUAAUAACAAAAGGAAAUCCUAUCUUCAAGAAGAAUACCAGAUAGGAAUAUUGGAAUAAAUAGUUAAUUCCAAAUGCUGGAAGGACUUUUUUAAAUAACAAUGUCCAUUGAUUACAAUUAUUAAUUGUGAAGGUUAUUCACUCACUAAAGCACGUAUUUGUUAAACCACAUUUCAUAUCUUUCUUUUACAAUGGAAUUCUAUUGAAUGUGCAUAUUGGUUUAGAAUAAAAUAUUGCACCACUAAAAGAAUUACAGAUGUUUGGUUCAUGCCUUCAGGGGAAGUUUAGUAUCAGGAAACAACCACUGAUUACAAUGGGUAUCUUUAAAAGAAUCUGAGCAGCAAUUUUUUUUCCUCUCCCUCUGCUUAAAUAAAUUGCACUACUGCGCAGACUUCAAUGAUGGAGGCCUUUUUUUUCUCAGACGGUAUGUCUUAACAAUUGUCAUGGAAACCAUUGCCACCAUUGUUUCCUUGAAAUACUACAGAAACAAGUUUGAAAUGGAAAUGAUCCUUUUCUGGUUGUAGUAUGCAGGGAUGUAUCAUUUUUUAAAAAAGUAGCACUCUGAAAAGUCGUGCCUCUUCCCAUGAAUAAUAACACAGUCCAAUGUAUGUUUUUUAUUUUAAAAAUGUCCUAUGCAAAUAUAUUUUUCCUAUAACUGGCUGUUUUACAGAUUUUGACCGGUCUUCCACAAAUUGCUUGUUUGCAGCAUGUAACAAGCAGACAGUAUUGAGGAUAGUUUUGUGAGGGUUUCCCAGUAAGAAAAGUUUGGGGUUUUUUUUUGCAGUACUUUUGUGAACAUAGCAUGUAUGUGCUAUAAGUAUCCAGCCUCGGUUAACAUACCUGUCCCUUGUAUUACACUCUUCAGGAAAAAGAAGCAUUCUUCACAUUAAAAAGCUCUUAUUAAUUCAGUGAGCAGUGAAAAUAAAUGACUACAAUAAAAGUUUGCUUUAAUUAUUAAAAGCUACCAUUUAUAGUUUAUCAAAGUAAAAAUGCUUUCAAUACAUUAACUUUAUCUCACAGGUUUUGUAGACUUAUAAGACAUCAAUACUGAUGCAAAAUGUAUCUCUUUAUUUUAAGUGAUUGUUACUCAUUUUGUACAUGUUCAAAUUUACACUUAAUUGUCCUUGUGAAAAUAAUUUUAUUUUGAAAUGAAUUUGUUACAUUUUUAAAUUUUGAUGGUUGUAUAUACAAAGAAAAUCAAAACAAUAAUAUGCCUGGUUACUGUUGUGAGACUUCUAAAUAUUCACCGAGUUUAGUUGUCACUACCUGUUUUCAAAUGGAUAAUUUGAGCUGGAUGUUUUAAAUUUGCUUGUCACUGAACAGGAGACCUGAUAUGAGUGCACUUCAGAACGGAAGCAUUUGUAAUCACUCAAGUAAAAUGAGCAUUUCAUAUCUUACACUUAAUUUUAAUUGGAUUUGAAAAAGGAUAUUUUAAUCAGAUGACUCUUUUCCAUUUUCCUUUUAAAACAAUUGCACAGAAUAUGUCCUUAUCAUUAUCAUUUAUUUUUGUAACCUGUUCCAGACUGAUGAAACUCUGGAAUAGUUACUUAAUAACAUCUAGCACAAGUACUUAAUAUACUGUGUUGCCUUCAUUGUCAGAACCCAUUGCACUGUUUAUGAAACUUAUGAAUAUCCAUGAGUGGUGUAAAUAUGCUUAGAGUUUCCAAAAUCCAACCGUAAAGUGUUGUGCAUAUCAAAUUAAAAGAGAUCUGCUACAUGCUGAAUUAUCUAACUCUAAAUUGGUCUAAUUUUCCAACACCAUUGCAUGUUUCUGCACAGGUUCUGAAAACUGUGAAUAGUUUCAAAUUACAAAUGAAGAUGAAUAGCAGUGGUCAUGGCACAGACUGCUCAGGAAUUACAUAACCAAAUCGUGGUAAAGUUGCAACGCAAAUUCUAAUAUUUUAUCAUUGAUCAUUUAGUGUAAAGAUUGUUUGUUGAAAAAUAUUAAAUAAUAUUCAAGGAGAUGUUUGGUACAUCGGUUCCCCAAAACGCCUGAUAAAGUGCCAACUAAGUGGCAAUCUGAGGUUGGAUUUUCCCCUCAAGUUACUGAACUCUGUCAUUGAGAUCAAUUGUGAGUCAGGAGCAUCACUGUCACAAGAUUGUCAUUUAUUGUGAUUUUCCCUGUGCCAGCUGAUUAUUGGCUUAAAAACUGAAUAUGCGUCCAAUUAAGAACGAUAGGCUGGCUUUUGAUGUUGUAGGUUCAAUCUGAGACUUUCCAGUUUCUAAACAGCAGAAGGAAGUAACAGAAGACGACAGAGAGGGGAUGCUUCAUGAUAGAAGCACCAUUUUCCCAACAUCUUUUUUAAUUUAAACUACAAGGUGGCUCUUGCAGAUAGGUUGCUACAGUUUUAUUCCUACUGUACCCAGGGAAGCAGAGAGGGUCUGCCUGGUGACCUGUCAGGAGUAUUGCUCCUACUACCCAUUCCCACGCCAAGCCCAACCUCACUCGAUUCUGUAACUGUGAGUCUGCCUCCGAGCAGUUAAACCAGCCCCCAUGACCUGAAUCUGGAGCUGACCAGAAAAAUCUCUCAGCCUGUCUUGACAGGUUUAACGUGCACCAAUCCCAUCUCUGGAUAAAAGGGCCCAUGACAAAGUUGUAUGGGCAAACAGGAAGAGCCAAAAACUCCCCUAUUCCACUUUUUUUAAAGUAUGCACUGUUGCCCUGGACAUUGUCACUGUCCAUUCAUAAAGACUAUGCAACUGCAUAAUUGGGGGAAAUCAGCUGUUCCUGUGGAGACACCCUGUCAGUGUAAUGAGUCGCCAAAGCCCUGGCAGUCCUAAGGGAUCAAAUGAAGAUUAUCUGUUGUCUUUUUUUGUAAACUCUUGGUCACUCCUUAAAGUCAAGAAUAUGGUUUAGAUUUUUCUGGGCCUUGUGUAUAAUGCAGUCAGCGGAAUUGCUGAGUGAGUGCAGGAAUUCCGGAGAAACUCCAUUAAUAUCUCUGCCAGCCAUUUAGGAGACAGUUUAAAGGACAUCUGUAGUGCCAGGAUUCACUCUAUCACCUUUUUCUAAUAGUCAUCCAUGUAACAAUUCAUUGCAGGUUUUCUUCAAAUCAGGGAUAAUGAGGCAGGGCCUUUUCUUCCUGAAGGCAUACUCUCAAACUCAUCCAAUGAUCAUGUCACAUUCCUUAUAAUGUAUCUUCCCUGGAGCUAUUGUCAAAUUUAUUUCCUUUAUCACAAAUGUGAACCGUAUGCUUCUGUCGAGUUAGUGCAGGUUUAACUGAUAUCACAUCAAACAAUUUGAUCAACUUUUCUGUUCCUUAAUCGUGGGUAAAACUGAUUUUUGUAAUUAAUUUCUCAAAUCAAUUGCAAUUGGUUUGUUUUAUAAUCUUAUUAAUAUCUUAUAAUUGUUCUGUAAAAUUCAAGUGAUGAUAUUGUACAAAAAAGGAUUGAAAUUCAUUUUAUAGAAGGGUUUACAGAUGCUCAACUUCAGAGAGUUCCAUGAACAAUUGUCUUUGAAGAUAUUGGUUUAGUUUACCCUGUAGGAGAGAGGCGAAGGUCACCUUUCAUUCAGGGUCACUUGUAUUGUCUGAUUGGAGACUAGACUGAUUAUAUAUGAAAUAUCAAAAUAUCUGUCAACACUAUUCACUGUGAAUCAUAACCUUUAGUGUAGAGAAGAAUUUUAAGCACAUUCUUUCCCACUUUGUAAAUCUAAGAACUGGUCUCCAGAAACAUUGUGUGUUUUGGAAUUGAAGUGCAAAAUUGGUUUUCAUUGUAAAUCCUGAAUAACAUUUUUAAGGUAUGUGAAUGUGAUGAACAGUAGCUAGGUCUACAAACACUGUAUUAAAGGUUUAAAGGGACAGCAUCAUUAUUGUACGAGAGUACAAUACUGUUUGCGAACUACAGCUGUAUCAUAUUAUAAACUAUUAAGCCAAAUGCAAAGUACCAUGUUAUUAAGUGCCAAAUAUUCAGUACUAUUAGUGUACUGUUGUAUCAAAAUUUGCUUUUGUUGUACAUUUUAAUAUAACUACUUAUGUUUUGCCCUAUAUUUUAUAUGGCAACUGAGCCUUAGUAUAUAAUGAGAUGGCAAAUGCACUAGAGCCAUAAAUAUUUAGAAGUACAUAGCAGUUUGAAUUCUGCUCUUUGCUCUUUUGUUAAAUGUGGUGUUCAAACAGUAUUACUGCAAAUAUUUCUUGUACAUUUUUGACCUCCAUUUGUUUUGCUCACACAUUGCUAUGUCCACAUACACACUGUACAUGUUUCUCUUAAGUAUAGUUUGUAACAAACUCACUGACCUCCAGUGAAGUUUGUAAAAUUUAAAUAUUGUAAUAAAAAGUUACUGAACGUGAA